UCUCAUUAUUCUCUUUCGUAUGUAAUUGCAAGUGUCCCAUUUUGCAAUUACAAAUCCCCUGUACAUACAAAUGUAUGUUCAUCUUGAUAUUUCUGAUAAGCCAGCCUUGUGUCCCCAGUAACAACAAUAACGCACACACCCGGAGUGUGCAAGUGUGUGUGCCCACGUUGAAAAAAUAAAAUAAAAUAAAAGUCUAGAAUUAUAAGCUGUAAAACGCAGUCAAUUUUCUGUAUUCUCCGCGUAGCGGUGUGUGUGUUUGCAAGGUGGUGUGUGCGUGUGCUAUUGUUUGGCAUCUGUUUCUUAACCUAUUCCAACCGAUAGCCCGAUUUCGAUUCCCAUUUCCCAUUCGGAAGCAGGAAUCGUGGGUCGCCAUCGCUCUCAGCUCUGCUUCUUCCAACAUCUUGAAUGUUUUUGUUGUUUCCCAUGAAUUUUCCUACGCGGCAUUUGUUAGGGUUGAUUUUUCACCACGUGGUGAGCGCACACACACACACACGCACGCCGCACGACUUUUAAUCGGAAUCAAAAGUGAGGAAAAAAGUAAUAAGUAAUAAGUUUAAUAAAAGUAAAAAGCUCGCAAGACGGGGAAGCAGCAGCAGCUGGAAAGACAUGACGAAUGCACAGAACAUCCACGCACAAAAUGGUGGCAGCUGCGAGCUGGUGCAGUCCAACGGGGUGACCACCAAUGGACACCACCACCAGUCCCAGAACCACCACCACCACAGCAGCAGCGGCGGCGGCGGAGGAAGUAGCAGUGGGAGCAGCAAGCAUAAAUCCUCCAGCAAGGACAAGCAUCGUGAUAAAGACAGGGAGCACAAGAGCUCCAGCUCGUCCAAGGAUCACAAGAGCAGCAGUCGCGAUAAGGAUCGUCACAAGAGUAGCAGCAGCAGUAGCAACUCCUCGUCAAAGCAUCGGGACAAGGAUAAGGAUCGCGACAGCAGCAGCAGCAACUCACACCGCAGCAGCUCCUCAUCAAGUCAUCGGGACAAGGAUGGAAGCAGCAGCAGCAGUAAACACAAGUCCUCCUCAUCAUCGUCGUCCUCAUUCGGCCACCACAAGAGCUCAUCCAAGGAUAAGGAGCGACGUGAUAAGGACAGGGAUCGCAGCAGCAGCAGCAGCUCGUCCAGCCGCCACAAGUCCUCAUCGUCGUCGUCUAGCUCCCGUGAUAAGGAGCGCAGUAGCAGUAGCAGUCACAAGAGCUCCUCCUCGUCGUCGUCAUCAUCGAAGAGCAAACAUUCCAGUUCGCGUCACAGCAGCUCUUCCUCCUCGAAGGAACCGCUAUCCUACGAUGGAGUGUUUGUCAAGCCCGAGCCCGUUUCCCAGCCGCAAACACACGAGGGCGCCAUGGAUCCCUUCCACAUGCAUCAGCAGCAGCUCGGCGGCUACGAUGCCUCCUCCACCCAUGCCAAUGUCAACUGCAAUGGCAAUGGGAAUGGGGAUGCCAGCGAGGGCAACAGCUACAAGAAUGGCUACGAGGAAUCGAUUGUGGAAAUUAAGAAGGAGGACACUAGCUUGAACAAUCUUUCGCAGGCCAGCUCCUGCGACUACUCCAUGUCCCAGUUUCGGCCCGAUGAGCCGCCGUUUGAGGUUAAGCAUGAGUCGACCUAUGUGGAGGACGAUAGCAUCAUGAACGACAACGAUCAGGAUCAGGAUGAGGACGCGGAUAUGGACGAUGAGGAGGAUGUGCCCUUGUCCAUGCGUAAGCGCAAGCAGGAGGUUCUCGAGCCAGCCAAUGGCGGCGGUCAGGAUGACGACGACGACAUUCCGCUGCUGGCGCGCAAAAAGAUCAAAAAGGAGGCCAAGGAGAAGAGCAAGAAGAAGCGUGUCAAGGAGGAGGCCGACGACGACUAUGGCAGUGCCAAGCCCAAAAAGAAGAAAAUCAAGAAGGAGUCUGGAGGAGGAAGUCAGAUCAAGACGGAGAAUGUUUCGCCCACCAAACGCUCAAAGAUCAAGGAAGAGGAGGAGGAGGUGUGGAGAUGGUGGGAGGAAGAGAAGCGCGAGGAUGGCGUGAAAUGGUCAACGUUGGAGCACAAGGGACCCGUGUUUGCCCCACCGUACGAGCGUGUGCCGCGCAAUGUGCGUUUCUUCUACGACGGCAAGCCCCUGGACCUUACGGAGGAAACGGAAGAGGCGGCCACCUUCUAUGCUAAGAUGUUGAAUCAUGACUACUGCACCAAGGAUGUGUUCAACAACAACUUCUUCAAGGACUUCCGCAAGACGAUGACGUCUAAGGAGAAGGAGAUCAUCAAGGAUUUCCGCAAAUGCAACUUCCAGGAGAUGUUCGAGUUCUUCCAGGCGGAAUCGGAGAAGCGAAAGGCGGCCACCAAGGAGGAGAAGCUGGUGAAAAAGAACGAGAACGAGGCCCUGAUCAAGGAGUACGGCUUCUGUAUGAUUGAUGGCCACAAGGAAAAGAUUGGUAACUUCCGUCUGGAGCCGCCGGGCCUCUUCCGUGGUCGCGGAGAACAUCCCAAAAUGGGCAUGAUCAAGCGACGCAUUCAGGCCAGCGAUGUGUCCAUCAAUUGUGGCAAGGACUCUAAGGUGCCGCCGCCGCCGUCAGGAUCGCGAUGGAAGGAAGUGCGCCACGACAACACGGUCACCUGGCUGGCAUCCUGGAUCGAGAAUGUGCAGGGCCAGGUCAAGUACAUUAUGCUGAAUCCCUCGUCGAAGCUGAAGGGCGAAAAGGAUCACAUCAAGUACGAGACGGCGCGUCGCCUGGACAAGGUAAUCGAUAAGAUCCGUGCCACCUAUCGUGACGAGUGGAAGUCCAAGGAAAUGCGUGUCCGACAGCGGGCGGUGGCCCUGUAUUUCAUCGACAAACUAGCCCUCAGGGCGGGCAACGAAAAGGAUGAGGAUCAGGCCGACACCGUCGGCUGUUGUUCACUGCGCGUGGAGCACGUGCAGCUGCACAAGGAGCUGAACGGCAAGGAGAACGUGGUGGUGUUCGACUUCCCCGGUAAGGAUUCCAUACGUUACUACAACGAGGUCGAGGUGGAGAAGCGCGUCUUCAAGAACCUCGAGCUGUUUAUGGAGCACAAGAAGGAAGGCGACGAUCUCUUCGAUCGCCUCAAUACCCAGGUGCUCAACGAGCAUCUCAAGGAGCUGAUGGAAGGACUCACGGCCAAGGUGUUCCGUACGUACAACGCCUCCAAAACGCUGCAAAGUCAGCUGGAUCUGCUCACCGAUCCGAGUGCGACGGUGCCGGAGAAGCUGUUGGCCUACAAUCGGGCCAAUCGUGCCGUGGCCAUCCUCUGUAACCAUCAGCGCUCCGUGCCCAAGGGCCAUCAGAAGUCCAUGGAGAACCUGAAGGAGAAGAUCAAGGCUAAGCGCGAUGCCAUCGAUGAUUGCGAGGCUGAGUAUCAUGACUUGAAAAAGGCAGCCAAGCGCGGCUCCAUGAAGGAGAAGAUUAACUCGGACAAGAAGGGCAAGCAGCUGGAGCGCCUAAAGGAGCAGCUUAAGAAACUGGAAUUACAAGAGACUGAUAGAGACGAGAAUAAGACCAUUGCCCUGGGCACAUCUAAGCUAAAUUAUCUCGAUCCACGCAUAUCGGUGGCAUGGUGUAAAAAGAACGGCGUGCCCAUCGAGAAGAUCUUCAACAAAACGCAAAGAACCAAAUUUCUGUGGGCCGUUCACAUGGCCGAUGAGAAUUAUCGUUUCUAAACGCACCAACGACACACACAUACACAUCGAAAUCGAAGCAAAGGCAGCGCAACACACAAGCAAAAGCAGCAGCAGUGCAGCAGUGGCCACAGCUCCCUCAGUUCCCAUUUCCCCAAAACAGUUUAUGCAAUUGGUAAUGCAUAUGGCCAGCUAUUUGGGCGGAGAGAAGACUGGAGGAGCCCCGGAAGAGCCUGAUUCAGAGAGGGAUAGCUAGAGAGCUGCUUGCAAUGUAUUUCUUUCGUUAAAGUCUAACUAAGCGAAAUGUGCACCACCCAUUACACUCGCAUACACUCAGACACACAGAAAGACACCAGGAUAUAUGCUAUGUAUGUGAAGGAUCAGCUUGAUGUAUAUGCAUAUGUGUGCGCAUGUACUGUAUGUUAAAUAAAAAGCCAAGCCAAGAGAAGGGGGAGAAAGAACAUAAAAAAAGAAAACAUAAUUCUAUAGAAGUUACCUUUAUAUAAUAUUUUUUUUUAUAUAAAUAUUAUGUUAAUUUUAAAUGAUAAUAAGGCACAACAAAAAAGGGUAAUGAAACACGAAAAACCCAAGACGCAAGCAAGAUGAUUUUUUGUAUGUUUUAACUAUAGUUGAUUUUUAUUUAGCAAAGAUGUCUUUCAAUAUUAAUUAAUAUACAAUUUAUUAUGAUUACGUAUGUAUUUAAAUGCUAAACGGAGAACGGAGCGGAGGUCAGAGAAGGCAGGAUAGCAUAGCAUAAUUUAUUCAACUCUGAGCCGCCGUUUAUCACCCCAAAGGAGGGAUAAAGAAACGUAAAAUUAAAUCAAGAACACAAAACAAGGCAUUAAUUAAUUAUAAAAGUGGUUUUCGUUGUAUGUACCUUCGUGAGUUUAGUAACGACUUUUCAAAUAAACAAAUUCUAAAUUCAUAUAAAUUUGCAAAGCCCUUUCAAUAUUUUAUAAGCUAUAUAGACAGGUUUCAAAUUCUGUUCAAGCCACAACAACAACCAAUUGCAAAUCAAUCAAUGAACCAAAACCACAGAAAAUGAAACGUAAAAAAUGCUUUAGCAUCUGAUUAGUAUGUGCAAUUAAGUGAGCCUAAAAUAAAGCAAAAACUAAACAUAAAAACAAAAGAGAACCCUGUAAAAAUCAAAGAUCGAGAAUCCCCUCUCCAAACUGGAGGAGAGUGGAGAGAAAAGGAGCCUCGUAGUGGAGACUCUAUAAUUUACAAAAUUUGUUCAAGCCCAUCGUUUAUGAUUUAUAAAAUAUGAUAAUGAUAAUGUCUGUAUGUAGCUGUAUUUUUAAUUAAAUAAUUCAAAACAAAUGAUCAAGAUGGAAGCCCCCCCACACCCCUAGCAUAAAUUGCGAGAUAAAGAAUAUUGAAUUAUAAAUAGAGAGAGGAGACAUAUACACAUAUGAUAAUUAGUAAUUAAAUCAACACACACACACACACACACAUUUAUAUACGUAUAAAUGUAUGCUUUCAAAAGGCAAUAAAAACGAUACAAGAACGGAACGUUAGGUAAACAUCAAUCCUUGUGUCACACUCACUUAUAAAACUUGACAUAUUAAAACAACAAGAAUAUCGAUAUAAGCAAAUAAAACAAAAAAACAUGAAAAAACAACAUAUUUUAAAGAAACGAAAACAAAACAUAAACAUAUAUUAAAAAAAAAAACAAAAAAAAACAAUUAAGCCUAAGUUAUUGUAAUUGUAAUGGAAUGAUGCAAAUAUACAUACGACAACAUAUAUUUAAUUUUAA